AUGACACAGCGAGGAGGCUGGGCUCUCGUGUUUCCUUGUGAAGUACCACCUGCUCAUUCUCAAGUGAUAGUAGAUGCAGAUUCUACGGGCUUGAGCCAACUUCAACAGGUCAAGGAUGCUAGUGAUGUUCAAGGAGAGAAUGACCAAAUUGAUCCAAGAUUUGAGUUGAAUCUUUCAGAGAAAAGGUUUGCUGAAGAUUUUAGCCCAGUGUUGAAUGGGUGCGACUGCUACUGCUGUACGCACCACACCAAGGCAUACAUCAACCAUCUUCUCAAUGUCAACGAACUAUUAGCAAGGGUGUUACUCAUGGACCACAACUGUCAUCAUUAUUUUGAGUUCUUCCACUCCAUCAGGACAUCACUAAAAGAUGGAACAUUCCAGAAGCUGAAAGAAGCCAUCGUCAACAACAGAUGACCUCGGUAAUCCAUUAUGUAGGUUUAUCACAAUUCUAUGUAGUGCAGUCAACAGUACAGACAUUCAGGACAAUGUCGUGCAGAGGUAUAGACCCUGUUGUAAAAUUCCACUUUUAUACUUGUGUGGACCGUCACCAAGCACCUGAUUGAAAUAUAUAUGUGAAAGGAAUAGAAAGUACAUAACAUUGGAGCAUCAUAAAAAGAAGAAGUUUCAGAAACUUGAAAAAAGCCAUCAACAACAGAUGACCUCGGUAAUCCAGUUAGAAGGUUUAUCACAAUUCCAUGCAGUCAACACAAUCGAGACAGGUCCUUCAGUGCGCUGCCCUCAGGGGUGAAAAAUAGGCGUUUUUUCCCCUGAAACGACCUCCCCCCCCCCCCCCCC